AUGUCGCCAACUCAACCGUUCCUUCCUCUUAAAAAUAUUCCACUCCGCAUAACCCGCAGUGGCAAUGGCAGCGACAGCGAUAUCUUCGGCAACUACACCACUUGCAAUGACAGUCACACCGACACCGACAGCGACGACAUUGACAGCGAUGUCAGCCUGCUGAAGUGUAGGAUAUCUGCCGCGAAUCUUUUCGACACAAGCGGCGAUGCUCCAAUAAUCAAGACAACGACGACCCCUGUGAUUGGUAUUACUCAGACAAUGAUUGUGACGACGUCCAAGAAUAGCUCAAGUUCGACCAAGGUCGGAUCGAUGGUACUGACAAGUAUGAGACCCGACUACUCCAGCAGUGGCCAACAUUUAUCGGAGCUGCAUGUCGAUAGAUUGUCUACGUCGCGCAGUAUGACGGUUUUUACGCGCAAUGCGGAUGAGUAUGAGACGAAGACACAGGGUAGAUGGUCAGAGAGUCAGCAGCAACAGCAGCAGCAGCAGGCGUACCGACAAAGACUGGAGCGGAGUUUGGGAAAAAAGAGUCAAGGUGCAUACUAA